AUGGGGCUAAACGUUCUUGAUCACAGCUACGAAGAAAGACUGGCUUCACAGCAAAGACCGUCAGGUGCUGGGCCUGUAAAUGGAAAGUCCUCUCAGUAAGCUUUCAACAGCCACCAUUCAAAACAGAGAAACGAAUUCGACAAACAUCAAAUUCAAUUCAAAGCGUGAACAUUACGUUUACUGAUAGAUAAUAACGAUACCAAUACAGAAUAAAACUCAGACCUUUCUCGUUACUAAAGGCAAUCAAGGAGGUCAGAAAAAUUCAUGGCAGCCCACUCAUAUCAAGCUUGAAUCUUCGAUCUUCGAAUAUCGAGACAAAUCGAUCUUUUCAGCUGUGACGUCAAGCAGAGGGAGGAUACCACGUUAUUUGUUUUAUGUUAAUGGACUAUUGGCUGUGUCUUUUUCAUUAUCCCACUCACAUGUACUGUGGAUUUCCUAAAAUAGACAAAAAAUACUUCCUUUGAUCCAUAAGUACAUGAACCUUGACAAAGAUCAAAAACAAAGUUUUCCUAUCCCUUGCUCACACUGCACCAUGGGAUUCUUGUCUUCAUCUCAGUGCAUUUUUCAUGUCACCAUUCAUGAAGCAGAUAUUGAAUAAUUCAAAUAUGGCGGCUGCACGAGCAAUUAGAGCUGCAUGGAAUAUGUCAUCUUUGCGAGGUACGAAUCAUCUCAUCAUCCAAAAAUGUAUCAUUAAAGACGUUUUAAGUUGCUUCUUUCUUUUUUUUUUUAGGAAACAAUCUCAUCUCGUUGUCUUUGGGGUCAAGAGUGAGAGCUGCCAGUACCAUCCAUGCUUCUCAGAUCUUGUCGGAUUCCAUCCCGACCGAAAGUAAAGUGAUCAAACCAGGCGAUAUCGGUAAAGUAACAUUUGAAUGUUCUAAUUGGUCAUGAAGUUUUUGUUAGUUCUUAAAAGCACUUUAAUAAACACAUGGAAAAUGCCCGCGUGCGUGUAUGUUGGUGUUUAAUAUCAGGACGUUACAAAUCGAUCGAUACUUUUCGAUGCUCGAUUAAAAUCGAUAGUAAUCGAUCGAAAUCGAUUAUAAUUAAUCGAGUGAUAUCGAAAAUCGAUGGAAGUAGAACGGUCGAGUUUUUGUGAUUAUCGAUUUUGAUCGAAAAAUAUCGAAAACAUAAAAAUUUGUGAUUAUCGAUUUGUAUCGAUUAUUAUAUCUAAUCAAUCGACAAAUAUCGAGUGUUAUCGGGUAAUAUUGAUUAAUCGAUUACGUUUUUGAUGAUCGAUUUUGAUCAAUUUGUAACGUCCUGUUAAUGUGAGGAAGGGUUGUGAUUAUGAGCGAUAGCAUCUACAUUGAUAUCAUGUGUCUUAUAGGGGUUUGAUAUAUCGGCCGACAUCUCGCUCAACUUUCGGUCAACAUAUCAGUUGCUAUAUUUGUCGAACAUAUGUUGAGUCUUGGUCAAAUCUCAGACAAGUCUUGAUCGAGUCUCAGACGAGUCUCGACCAAGACUCGGCUGUUACUUUGCUGACAGAUCACUGACAUAUCACUGACACUUAGUCGAUGUCAUGGUCAAAAACUUGUUUAACUGUUGUUUGACACGUCGGUCAAUAUAUCAACCCACUCUCAAUUGAUAUGUUGAGUGACAGAUGACCAAGAUGUCUGCCAGUACAUGGAAAUAGCUGUGAUUUGGUAACUGACCACUCUGGUAUCAGCUGCAGCAAUUGUGAGUAAUAAUCAAUAGUGUCCACUGCGUGUCAGUUGAAAGGGAAGGCCUUGAGGAUGAGAUACACCACCGAUACCUUACUGAUACUUGACUCACAGCUGACCGAUUCAUUGCCAACACACUACUAAUACCAUAGUAACCGUAGCGACCGACUCUCAACCAAUAUAUCGAACGACAGUUGAAUGAGAUAUCAGUCGACACUCCCUAUAAGGCAAAUGAUCACUACAUUGUACGUACAGUGAUUGUCCCUAGGGGGAGAGAGUAACUGCCUAAAACACUGGACUAAAACUCAACUUUUUGUCUAGAACCUGUUGACAUACACACAACAAAAAACAUUUUGGAGCAUCCCGAUUUCUUUGAAGUGCAUAAACUUUUUACAGUGAAAGAUCUCUUUGAUGCUAAAGUACACCUUGGCCACCAUGAAGGCUGUUGGCACCCCUUGAUGAAGCGCUAUCUCUAUGGAACAAGGGAACAUCAUCAUGUUAUUGAUCUCAACCAUACAGUAGAACAUCUGAGAGUAAGUAAAUACUGUGCAAUAGACAACAAUAUUGUUCCUUCUGCGACACUAUUGACCUUUUGUGGGGAUUUGUAUAUUAAUCAGUUGAUUGCCACCAGUGAUGAUCUCACACAGUGAUUAUGCAGGAUGGAGGAAGGAUCACUUUAGACAACAUUUCAUAUGCUGUGCAUUUUAGGGUUGCUUUUCUGUACUUUUUGGUUAGUUCAGGAAUUAACGUGCUAGGAUUCUAGGUCACUCUUGAUGUCGUACAAACAUUCUAACAUGCUAUCCUAAAACACUUACCGGUAUGUACUGUAGACACACAUAAACAAAAGAAACUCAACUAACAUAAUGGAAACGCAUUGUCGAACUUUGUAGAUUUAUUACCACCUGCACCAUAAGAGCGUACUUAUGCACCAACGUACGAACAAGGUACAUUUAGUACUACCACCAUACAAGUGUACUAACAUACCAACAUGUAAGAAAAAGGUACAAAGUAUUACCACCUUUUGACAAAAUUGUGGUAUUUUCAAACCUAAAACAGUCAUGUACUAAAAAGUUUGAAAAGUUGUGGAACAAUUUUGUGCAGUUUCAGUAGUUGAAGUGCUAAAGUACCUAUUAUCUCCGCCCGCCUCGACUAGCACCUGCUAUUUGCGGGCGGAAAUGGACUUUAUGUAAAUGUAGCUUGUUAAUAAUAAUAAUAAAGUGUGUGUAAAGUGUGAGCACCAAGCACCAGUUGCUUCUCUUGGGCUGCUGUUGCCUCUACUAAAAAAAUAGGCCUGGACUAUAACAUGAUCCAAGCCAAUUUUAGAAGGAUUUGUAUGGAGUCACCAGAACAAACCAUUGUUUAUAUCUCCUGACCAAGUUAUUUACACUAACAGGCUGAUUUUUGGCAAGGGGACUUUUUUCAUCAUGUCCUUUCUGAUUAUGCUAGCCAAGUCCAUAAUUUAUCAAAUUUGAUAUUUUAUGUUUUUUUCUUUUUCCUUUAAAGUCUGACUCAACAGUUUGCAUUUAGUGGAUCCUUUUCCUGGAAUCAAUGAAACUUGUUUUAUAAAAAGUGACACCUCAUAUCAUGGGAAAUUAUCUAGUUUUGUGCUUUUCUUCCAGCUGGCCUUGAAUGUCUUGUCUCACAUUGCUUACAGAGGGGGAAUAAUUCUGUUUGUUUCUACCCAUCCACAAUUUGAAGAACUGACACAACGCACUGCUAGAGAGUGUGGCGAGUACUUCAUCACUCGAAGAUGGCGAGGAGGAACUCUGACUAACUCCAUGAUGCUUACAGGAAUGACUAGAGUUGCAGAUCUUAUUAUAUUUUUACAUUUACCUUCGUUGGGAAGAAAUAUGUUAGCAGCAAAAGAAGCGGCUCAAGCAAAUGUUCCAAGUAUUGGAAUUGUGGACAGUGACUGUAAUCCUAAUCUUAUAAUGUACCCUAUACCUGGAAACGACGAUUCUCCUUCUGCUGUUGAACUGUACUGUAAUUUGUUUAAGAAGGCAGUGUUAAGAGCAAAGGAGGUAAGAAUGGAAAGGCGUUCAAGACGCAAGGAAGAAAAAAUGGAGGAAGACUUGUCAAGUUUGCAUCUGUAUGAAGAGAUUGAAGAAAAUGAAAACAAUGAAUCUACCUUGUGAUGAGAUGUUCUGCAGGGUCUGAAUGGAGUGAGGUUGUUGUUUAAGCACAGGAAGUCUUAGGGACACUCUUAGAGGGCAUUUCUACUCAGGUUGCACUCAAGCAUUUUUUGUCAUAAACAUAACUAACUCCAACAAAUGAGGUGGUUCAAUAGCUGAUGCUCAUUAUACCAAGUCAAUGUAUGCACAAUUGUGUCAUUCUAUUGUGUAAAGUUUAUUGUGUAUUGUGUAAGGGCUAGUGAUCAUUGUUGUGUUCUUUGCGAUGCAACUCAAGACAUGCUUUUCACUCGGCAUAUUGUGCACCAGCCCAGUCGUGACAAAUAGACCUUUGUGCGGUUUUUCAAAUUUUGACAUGGACAUGUACAUUUAAGGGAAAAUCUGUUAACACCACUGGGGAGAGCACCUUGCUUAAAAUUAGUAAAAUAGCGAAGUUUGAAAGUGAUACAUCUUAAACAAGCAAAGAUAUAGCUCCAAAAAUUUGAAAAAAUGUACAGAUGUUUGUUUGGUGGGGGGCACAAACUCACUCUUGAACUUCAGCUUCUUUGACAAAUCACUUUCAAACUUGGCAAUCUUGCUAAUAAAAUGUGCUUUUUCCAGUAGAGUCGACGGAUUUUCCCUAACUUGUCCACGUCAAAAAAUGUUUAAAAAAAACUGCACACACUUUCUAUGGCACCAUCAGUGUCUGUAUUAACGGGUUCUGACUGUACUAGUUAUAGUAAAGGAACUCUCUACAAAACUCUUCUGACAAAAAUUACAAAGCUGCUUUAUUUCUGCUAUUAACAAAAACAUCACUUCUUGCUUGGCAAU